AUGAAAAUGGGAGCAGUCGAAAGAAUUACUCAGCAUUUGCCGCAAAUAAUGGAGAAACAAUUUCGUCAGCUAACAAAACAAGUAAAAAAAGAAAUGGAACAAGCAAAACAAAAAAACGAACAUCGGCAACUAACCGUGGAUGAUCAUAGCUCACAAUCAGACGAGUACGAACUCGAUGAAUCUUCUAAAACGCAAUUACAGGUAAAUGAUAUUACUCUUGGUGCUGCUGAUACUCAGGCUUCAAGACAAAGUAACAGCACAUCAAAUGCACCAACACAUAGUGAAGAUGUUUUCACAAAUAUGCAAACAGUCUUAGCACAAAAGACCGCAAUAAUAAAAACGAUAAAGCGAAAUCAAACUGGACAAUGA